AUGGGCGAGAAAUGUUCUGAUAGCAAAGUGUCCGAUAAGACGAUCUUCUCGACGUUUGCUCGGACUCUUCCUCCGAGCUCUAAGGUGUCCAAAUCGCUCAUCUCACUCUUGAAACACUUCAUGUGGGACCAGCUCAUGUUGCUUGUUUCUGACAGCUCAUCUGAUAAGCAAGUAGCAGAAGCACUUAUACAACUUGCUCAAGAACAUGAAAUAGAAAUAUUGGAAAUCUUUUACAUUCCGGGAGACUACCUCACCAAACACAACACCACUCUUAAAGACAUCAUAAUGGAAACUUACGAACGAACAAGAGUAUAUGUUGUGAUUGCUGACAUUUAUGCUUUGGUGGAUUUCGUGCGCAUCAUGCAAAAAGAAGGACUCUUUGAUAAAGGGGAAUACAUUGUCAUAUCACUGGAUGAAGAUGAAGUGUACGAUCCAUAUAAAAAACACCAAUACAUCCGCAGAGAGUUCGAAGCUGCCUCAAUGGUUGCAGAUCCAAUCCCAUUCCGCUCUGUGCUGUUGCUUAGUCCAGGUUCUCCUAUUCAUCCGGAUUAUGAAUUUUUUAAAGAUCUGGUGCUCAACUAUUCAGAAUCAGAACCUUUUAACAUUCCAUUUCAUCAUAUCAUCAAAGUAGAGGUACCAAUAUAUGCUGGUCUGGCUUACGAUGCAGUUAUGAUUUACGCGAGUGCCCUAACAGAAGCUCUAGCCGAUAAUAGAUCCGAACUUGAAGGAACUGCCAUCUUUCAAUACAUAAAAUCAAGGCCUUAUGAGAGUAUAAUGGGUUUUAGUGUGAUGAUAGAUGACAAUGGAGAUGCUGAAGGAAAUUACUCGGUAAUGGCUCUUGUAAAGGAAGGUGAGCCCCCACAGCAAAAAAUGAUGCCUGUAGCUAGAUUCACUCAUCAGGGUACCAAAGACUUACCUCUUCUAAGGAUAGAGCGUGCCAUCAACUGGAUAGCUGGAGCACCUCCCUUGAGUGAGCCAAGAUGCGGAUUUAAGGGUGAAAAAUGUGAUAAUAAACCAGAGUGGAAAAUGGCCUUAAUAUACGCGGUAUGUUGUGCCGUUACAAUAAUUUUAGGAGCAAUCUUAAUUCGACACUACCGAUACGAACAGAAACUGGCUUGUUUGCUGUGGAAGGUAGAGAUGAAAGAUCUGUUACUCUUGAGGUCUGACCACGAUGGAAGAUUCCAAAGAUUUCGUAACACUCUAUACGUCAGUAUCAUUUCUUUUAUCAGAGAAAUGAGACAUGAAAAUAUCAACCCUUUCAUUGGCGCAUGCGUCGACCCACCUAAUAUUUGUAUUCUGAGUUUAUUCUGCUCGAGAGGCAGUCUUCAAGACAUACUGAACAACCCUGACCUUCAUCUUGAUACAAUGUUCAUAGCGUCACUGGUUGCAGAUUUAGUCAAGGGUAUGAUUUACAUCCACGAGAGUGACAUAAUUUCUCAUGGCAAUUUGAAGUCAUCUAACUGUAUUGUGGACAAUCGAUGGAUGCUCAAAAUUACAGACUUUGGAAUGCACGAAUUUAGAGCCAAUCAGGAUCCACCUCCAGAAGUUAAAGAUAUUAGAUCUAGAUCAUUACUCUGGCGAGCUCCAGAACUGAUGAGAAAACUGAAUCCUCCAGCAAGGGGUACCCAGAAAGGUGAUGUUUAUUCAUUUGGAAUUAUUCUGUUUGAAAUUAUUGGAAGGAAAGGACCAUGGGGAAAUCCAGAGCCAUCGUUAAAAUAUGUAGAAGAAAGAGUUGCCAAUCCCAUGAACUACGAUGGUGAACUUUUCCGUCCUCCCUUACACGAACUAGAUUGCCCAGACUACAUCAAGCAGUGCAUGGAAGAAUGCUGGUUCGAAAACCCUGAGGACCGUCCAGAUUUUAGAUUCAUCAAGGUCAAAUUAAGAGUUCUUCACUCUGGUCUGUACGUGAUAUUCUGA